UUUUUUCCACCUCUAUCUAUUUACACAGACGAGCUAGACGGGAGGGGUGGGAGACUGGAUUUUUUUUAUAUACCGGCGCUCUCCUUCCAUCAUGACACUUCACUGCCGUGGUUGAGGCUGUUGCCAGAUUCCCACUGUCUGGAUCUAUGGCGAACUACAGCCAUGCGGGUACUGGGAGCAGCGAGAACCUAAUGCAGAAUGUGUCUCCCCUGGCGACGUUCUUCAAGCUGACAUCGCUGGGAUUCAUCAUUGGAGUCGGCGUGCUGGGCAACCUCCUCAUCUCCUUCCUGCUGGUUAAAGACAAGACCCUACACCGGGCUCCUUACUACUUCUUGCUGGAUCUCUGCUCAUCUGAUAUCAUCCGUUCGGCGGUGUGCUUCCCUUUUGUGUUCCUCUCGGUAAAAAACGGCUCCUCCUGGUCCUACGGGACCCUGAGCUGCAAAGUGAUCGCCUUCGUCGGGGUCCUCUCCUGCUUCCACGCCGUCUUCAUGCUCUUCUGCGUGAGUGUCACCCGCUACAUCGCCAUCGCCCACCACCGUUUCUACUCUAAGCGGCUGACUUUCUGGACUUGUUUGGCCAUCAUCUGUAUGGUGUGGACCCUAUCGGUGGCUAUGGCUUUCCCUCCCGUCUUCGACGUGGGCACUUACACCUUCAUCAGGGAGGAAGAGCAGUGUAUCUUUGAGCACAGGUACUUCAAAGUCAACGACUCGCUGGGCUUCAUGCUCAUGUUCGUAGUAAUCGUCCUGGCCACUCACAUCGUGUAUCUGAAGUUGAUCUUCUUUGUGUAUGACCGGCGCAAGAUGAAGCCCGUCCAACUGGUGCCGGCAGUGAGCCAGAACUGGACUUUCCACGGACCCGGGGCCAACGGACAAGCGGCCGCCAACUGGAUCGCUGGCUUUGGCCGAGGCCCAACCCCACCCACUCUGUUGGGAAUCAGACAAAAUCCUCAGGGCCAGGGCAUGAGGAGGAGGCUGCUAGUCAUGGACGAGUUCAAAACGGAGAAAAGAAUUGGCAGGAUGUUCUACCUGAUUACCUUUUUCUUCGUAGCUCUCUGGUGCCCAUAUCUAGUGGCUUGCUACUGGCGCGUCUUUGUGAAAGGUCCCGCUGUUCCACGUGGUUACAUGACGGCUGCUGUCUGGAUGACUUUUGCCCAAGCUGGAGUCAAUCCAUUUAUCUGCAUCUUCUCCAACAGGGAGCUAAGACGUUGUUUCAGCACCAACAUCCUUUACUGUCGAAAAUCCAGGUUACCAAGGGAACCUUACUGCGUUAUAUGAGCGCUAGUGCUGUAUGUUUCUGAGACUUCAUCGACGGAAGUUACCCUAAUUUUAUCAAGCAACAGACGGAACAGUAAUUGUCGUGGUCUGCGGCACUGGGCCCCUUUUGGUGUUCUGGCGAGGGCGAUUUGCAAAGAAACGAUCAUCAACCUUUCACAGAAUGGUCUUUAAUUUAUUUCUGCUAUCUCUGUCUUAAUGUUCAAGGUAUUUCAAUACAGUUUCUGUGGAAAUUGGUAUUAUUAUCAUGCCAUCUGCACA